CCACCACCUCCGGGCUUCACACCAUUCCCACCAGAAUCAAAUCCACUUGUUUAUCCCGCUAACUCAUAACGAUAGUGACUUCGGUAACUUUAGGUAUAAUUUGGAUAACGAUGACCGAGUGAUUCAGUUUAACGUGCCGGUCAACGCGAGAUGCAUCUCUGGAAGAUACAGCUUUUGUUCACCAUCUGCCUGGCAGCAUGUCACGGCGCGCUCCGUACCCCCAACGUGACGACCACGACCCUCGCGCCAACGCUACCCACCCUACCCCCCGCCCCUACCGAGAGCCAGCAACCCUCCAUCACGUGCCCUGAUGACGUCAGCACGAGCCCGCUGCAGCGGUUGAGGAGAGCCAUGAGGGAUACAAUGUAUACUCAAAUGAGCAACUUCUUUGAUGCGUUCCUGGUAUUCUACAGCGAUGAGCAUUUGAGCGAGGAACCGCCAGCGGACGAGCGACGCCUUCAAUACAUCAGCGGAUGGGACGGAGCAGGCACGGCCGUAGUCCUUGCACAAGGCGAGGCGGCAGUCUGGGUGUCAAGUGGUGAUGUGGGAAGAGCAAGAGCUUCGCUGUCCUGCUCGUGGCUGGUCAUAGAUGCUGAUGACUCCGGCCAGCCUAGUAUCGCUGAGUGGAUUGCGACCCGCAUCGGCCACACCGGUCGCGUCGGCGCCGACGCGCGCCUCGUCUCCAUAACCGAGUGGUCAGCUUUAGCCACGGGCUUGCAACCAAGCGGCAUAUCUCUGGUCCACGUGCCGACGUUGCUAGACCAGCUGUGGAACGAGGAAACGGAGCCGGAGCGACGGAGGCCUGAGCCUUCGAGGAUCGUGGCUAGCUUGCAUCAGAGCGAUUGCACAGGCCUCAGUUGGCGAGAUAAAGUAUCGUUCGUGCGCAACGAGCUCCGCGUGCUCGGAGCCGACGCGAUGGUGGUGACCGCUCUCGACGAGGUAGCUUGGCUGUUGAACGUACGUGGAAGAGACUUGCCCUACGCACCACUGCUGAAGGCCUUCGUCGUUGUCAGCACGAGGGACCUGAAGGUGUACGUGCCGCAGGGCAAACUGUCCAUGCCGGUGCGCGAGGCGCUGGCGGUCUACAACUGCCCGGUUCAUAACAACAACUGUACCAGCAUAAAAGACUACUCCAUGAUCUACACGGACCUCCGCCGCAUCACAGACGCCAAGGUCCUCAUUCCCUCCGGAGGAACGUUCCAGAAAGGCGCCUCGGCCGCCAUAGCCCAGAGCGUGCCGCGGGCGCGUGGCUUCUACGUGCUGUCGCCAAUUAUAUACCUGAAGGCACAGAAGACGAACGCCGAAGUGAAGUGUAUGAGGAAGGCGCAUUUGAGAGAUGCUGUUGCGAUGUGCACGCUGAUCAGUUAUCUGCAGGGAAUGGUAAAGGGCCAGUCCGAGAUCUCCGUAGCCAUGAAAGUGGACGUAACUCGUGCCACGCAGGCCAACUACGUGGGGCCGGCGAUGCGGACGCGCGUGGCGUUCGGCGCGAGCGGCGCCGACCCUGACUACCGCGCCACGUUGCAGUCGAACAGACAGGUGUUCAGCAAUACUACGCUUGUGAUACAGUCCGGCGGACAGUACAUAGAGGGCACAACCUUAGUGACCCGCACGCUCCACUACGGCCACCCCAACCUCAGCGAGCGGCGCGCCUAUACAACAGUUCUCCGGUCGCUCGCGGCUCUAUCAACCCUGCAGCCGCCGUCGGCGCUGCCGGCCGCGCACGCCGACCCCGUCGCGCGCGCGCCGCUGUGGGCCGCAAGGCAGGACUACCUGCGGCCCACGGGCUACGGCGUUGGUGCAGCCAAUCAUCGAAAAGAAGACCCCGUGGUCAUCGACUAUAGACAAGACAAGAACCUGUACACAUUGGCGGAAGGAUACUUUAUCACUGUCGAGCCCGCAUGGUACGAGCCGGGCAAGUUCGGGAUCUGUCUGGGGAACAUACUGGAAGUGGGAGCCAAGUCCAACGAAUACUUGUACUUCACUGAGGCUACUUUGGUGCCGUUCGAGCGGAACCUUAUCGAGAUGUCCAUGCUCACAGAGUAUGAGCUAACCUGGUUGAACAACUACAACAAGCGGAUCCGCGACGUGGUCGGUCCCGAGCUGAAGGCGCAGGGCCUCACCGACGUCUACUACUGGAUGAUGAACAAGACCGUCCCCUACCCCCUGCCCUCUAAACAGACCAAGUGUAAAACCAGCGCUGCGAUAAGAAAGCCCGGGCUUUCUCUUGUCAUAGGGGGGGUUGUUUGUGUUGUUAGUAUAAUUUUAUAA